GGCAUUGACGACCCAGCUCUCAUGCAGUACAGACCGUCCACAGCCUGCUUGCCAGCCUCCGCUGCUCUGGCCAGAUCCCAAACACACACAGAGUGAGAAACAGAGAGAAGGAGGGAGAGCAGAUGUGGUGAGUGUGACAGAGGAGGGAACAGUUAGGUGAACUCUACAGAGGGGAAUCCUGAGAGCAGAAAGAAAGGCGAGUGAGGACACAGAACUUCCCACAGCUUGCAUCCUUCUCACAUUCCACUUUUAUUUUGCAAGCACGUUCAAGUUUCAAACAUGGAGGUGAUUGAAGACAGCCGUCUGCAUCUGGAGGUGCCCGAGCUGCGCAAGUCUCUUACUGAGAUCUCAGAAGAUGAAAUCAACCUCCCGGUCUCUGAUGAUGAAGACGAAGCCACCGCCGAGAACAAAGCUAAAGAUGCUGCCGAGAAAGAAGAGGCUGGGGAGGGUGGCGAGAUGAAUGGGGUCAUGGUCCUCACGCUGCUUGACAAAAUCAUUGGAGCCGUUGACCAGAUCCAGCAGACGCAGGCUGGGUUGGAAGCCCGUCAGCGGGACAUGGAGAGAUCUGUGACGGGAAUCCAGGGGGAGCUCACCAAACUGUCCAAGAGCCACACCACCACAGCCAACACCGUCAAUAAGAUGCUGGAGAAGGUGCGUAAGGUGAGCGUGAACGUCAAGUCGGUGCGGGGGAACCUGGAGAAACAGGCUGGCCAGAUCAAACGUCUGGAGAGCAACGAGAACGAGCUCCUAAAGAGAAGAAACUUUAAAGUCAUGAUCUAUCAGGAUGAAGUAAAAGUGGGUUCGAAAGUGAAUGUGGCCAAGUCUAUGAAGUAUCCAGAGCCUGUGGAAGGGGAAGCUGAGGGUGAACUCAAAGCUGCAGCAGAAGAAGGAGGAGAGGACAAAGAGAAAGUUAAUCUGGACCUGUCCUCUGAUGAAGAGGAGGUGGAGAUUGAGGAGACAAUUGAGGAGUCUCGAGCAGAACGCAUCAAGCGGAGCAGCCUGCAACGUGUCCAGAACAUCAAAACCGUUUUCUCCAAGGGGAAUAUGGAGAAAACCAAACAGAAGACCAAGGAGAACUUGGAGAAGACCAAACAGAAGACCAAAGAGAACCUGGAGAAAACUCGCAUGAGGACCAAAGAGAACUUGGAAAAAACAAGACAGAAGACUAAGGAAAACCUUGAAAAGACCAAACAGAAGACCCGAGAGAACCUGGAGAAAACACGUCACAACAUAGAAAAGAAAAUGGGUAAACUUGGCACCCGCAUGUCCGUGAACCCCGAGCGCAAAGAGAAGAUGAAGACUUCACAGAAGAAGGUGAUGAAGUCUUUUACUCCUGACCACACCAUCUACGCCCGCUCCAAAACGGCCGUCUACAAGGUUCCACCGUUCACCUUCCAUGUGAAGAAGAUCCGUGAGGGAGAAGUGGAGAUUCAGGGAACUGAGAUGGUGGAAGUUGUCGGCGACACAGAGGAGGUGGAGAACGCAGUGAUGGAGGGAGAGGAAGAUGCAGAGAUGGAGAUGGAAGCUGGAGAGAUGGUGGAGGAAGACGAGGACGAGACAGAAGACAGCCCUGAGAUGAGAGCGCUGCUGGAGAAAGGAGACGAGCUGGUGCUGGUGGAAGAUCAUGACAGAGACAGCGAUUAGUGUUAGUGUGCAUGUUUGUAUGUGUGUGUUCAGGGGUACUUACACAUUAGAGAAGCUGUAACAGAAUAUUUGGUGGCUAGGAAUUAUUCUGACCAUGCAAAAGGAGCAAAACUUAUUGCUGAAAUCUCUGAACUGAUGCCUGAAGAACUUUUGGUUCCUCAAAAUAACAUCAGCUUCUCCAAACCCUAUUUGUUUGCUCUAGGUUUCCACA